AUACAUAAGGAGGAGUUAUACAUCGCUUGAGAAAGAUGGCUUAUAACAUAGAGGAGAGGCGGAAAAAGAGAGCGGAGAGGCAAAAACAAAGAGAGUUAGAGGAUUGUGGUCUACAACUCUCUCAUAAUGGAACAUACUUGGAUCUUGAACAAUCCAUUGACGAUCAGAGGGACGACUUUGAGGGCUUUGAACGAAAGGGCAGGAAUUCUGUUAUUGUGCGAACUCAGCUCACUGUCCGUGUUCGUGGCAUACAAGAGAAGCUCCUGAACUCGUCAGGAAGAGAGCUUCGACGAGCGCUCUUCUCCCUCAAGCAGCUCUUCCAGGAUGACAAAGAUCUUGUCCAUGAAUUUGUUAGCUGCGAUGGCCUCGACUGCCUCAUCAAGCUUGGCUCUGAGGCUGACCAGAACUACCAAAACUAUAUUCUUAGAGCUAUUGGUCAGAUCAUGCUGUAUUUGGAUGGUAUGAAUGGAGUGAUUGAACACAAUGAGACAAUAAAAUGGCUCUACUCAUUACUUGAUAUACAGCAUCGUCUUGUGACCAAGUCAGCUCUAAAGCUCCUUCUUGUGUUUGUGGAAUACACGGAAACCAAUGCCCAACUUCUACUGCAGUCCACGAAGGAGGUGGAUGGGAAGAAUCGUAACAAGCCAUGGCACAAUCUAAUGGAGCUUCUAAAGGAUGAAGGGCAGGAUGCUGAAAUCAUGACCUAUGUUAUGACCCUCUUUAAUAAGACUCUCAAUGCCAUCCCAGAUCAGGACUCCUUCUAUGACAUCACAGAUGCCUUAGAGGUUCAAGGUAUGGAACAGGUUACACAGAGGCUGACGGGACGGUCUGGAACGGACCUAGACCUGAUGGAGCAGAUUCGCAUCUAUGAGUUUGCUCUCAAGCAUGAAGACGGUGAAGAGGACAUCCCGAUGCAACAGAAGCAAAGCUUACGCAAGGCACGGCGGAGCAUGGACCCUGCCACAGACCGGAAGAGCAUGAGGUCACUCCGGACCACGCCUGAAUGGGGCAACGAUGUCAACAAGAGGGUUUCUCUGGACCCUAAGCUGCGUAGUACGCCGGAGGAGACGUCAUCGAAUAGCGGGAACGAGGAUUGUCUGUCGGCACAGAGGAGGAGAAGGGAAAGGAGAAGAGCGCAGAAUUCCAACUAUGACGAAGGGACCACACCCACCUCAUCACAGAACGGCAACGGAAGCGACAUGAUGAUGACAUUAGAAGAAAGGAGGCAGAGGAUACGAGAGAGGAACAAUGCCAUGAACUCUGACAGCACCCCAAGUACUCCUAGUGGGGACCAAAAUGCUGCACCCAAAAAGCGACACAAGUUAUCCAUCCGAGCUGUUGUAAAAGAAGAGAGCACGGCCGAUAUCCUCAGCGCCUCCCCUCAAACCCCCCAAACAGAUCCUCUUAGAAAUGAAAAGAAUCAGUCGUCAGAAUCUUCAACCAACCAAUCAUCAUCUCGCAAUCGUCUCAGGCCGGUGAUUAAGGCGGAAUCAGGCAAAGAGAAUGGGGAGGAUGAGAACUAUGGAACCUGGCCCUCCCCUGCAAGGAGGCGGAAACAGUACGAGAGGAAGGCACAGAAUCCACGGCAGAAGAAGAAGGAUGAGGACGAUGGGGAUGACAUCAUGGCGUUGCUCCGAGGAGGGUCAUCGUCGGGGUCGAAAAACAAGGAUACAAACUCUGGAGGGCCGGUUGAGAAUGGCAAUGAACUGAACCACUCAGUGGUGGUUACAAGGACUCGUAAGGCUACUAAACCUGAAGAAACAAAAGAACUAGAGGAUCGAAAGGAAACAUCUGGUAGACCAAGAGAAACGGACAGUCCUGCUGAUAAAAGGGUAGAAGAGAAAGCUGCCGAAAAGACAGAGGAUGCAGCAAGCAUUACUUUGAAGAGACCAACGAAUGAACAGAAUGUUGAUGCUGCUGGAAAGGAUAGAGAGAUGAGGAAUGUAGAAAAAGAGAAUGAGACCAAAGUGGAGAGUGGUAAGGGUUCUAAAGGGGGAUCGUCAAAGAAGCCCGUUGAGAGGCGAAGAAGCAUCAAGGCCAUGGUGAGCAUCACUAAGGAGGAAGAACAGAUUGUGGAGGAAACCAAUGAUAUUAAACCUGAUGAAACAAGCGACAAGUCUGCUGAAGAAUCAAGGAAAGAUGAGACUAAACAAGAGAAUCUAAAAGACCAAACCAUAGAUGAGCCGAAGCUGAAUGCCGAGGUUGAGAAGAAACACGAGUUAAAUAGGGAGGAUGGUAAAGAGAAAGGUCAGGAGAAUGACAAGAUCGAGAAUGGAAGCCUCAAAGGCAAAGGAAGGGGAAGGUCGCAAAGAACCAUGAAUAAUAAAAUCUUUGCCAAUGAGAAGGAAGAUGACUUGAUGACGCUGCUUACAGGAGGUGUUUCAUUACCAAGGAACUUCAAGACCAAAGAUCACAAACACAGGUGUCCCGGGGAACACACGAAAAAUGGGACGAUUGAGCGUAAGAACGGAAAGGGAGGAGAGAAGAAGAAAGGGAAGGAUGAGACUGAUUUUGGCACUUGGCCAAGGAAGAAGAAAAAAGAUGUUGAAGAGAAGAAGAUUGAUAAAGAGGAAGACAUCAUGGCAUUCUUGAAGGGUGGCUUGGAUGCAACAAACGAUGCAGAAGAGGAGGAAGAAGAAGAGGAAGAGGAAGAAGAAGUGAAGGGACACAUCUGUGAAAUCUGUGGACAGAACCUUGAUGAGAUGUAUGAUGAAGAGGAGGAAGAAGAGGAGAAUGCAGAAGAGGUGGGAGAGGGGGAGGAGGAGGAAGAAGAAGAAGAGGAGGAAGAAGACAAGAACAAGGAUGAGUACUCGACCAAAUGUGAAGAGACCCUUGAGGAAGUCGACAAGGAACCAGAGCUUUUCAGACGUCACACCCAGAAGGACAACAACAUGGAUGAUCUGCUGAUGAUCCUUAGGAGUGGUAGCCAGAGUGGACCAACUCCAGAUGAGGAAGAGGAUGAGGAUGAUGAUGAAGGAGACGAGACCUCAACCUCUGAAGAAGAUGUUACCGUCAAGGAAAAGCCUAAAAGUUUGUGGGGAAUGUCAAGUGAGAAUAUCAAUUCUGAUUCAUCAUCCAUUCUCUAUGGAGAUACUAGUGCUGACAAAUGGGCUCGCCUGGCUAACCCUGAACCCAUCUUGCGGAGGACACAUUGGGGUCUGCUGCCCACUACAUGGAUCCCUUACUGCCCGGGAGAGUUAGCCAGUUCCCCGUAUGCCACACUCCCAAGACAGAAGCACCCUGUAACCACCAGGAGCUCCUCCGUUACCUCCAAGCCCCCUACAGGGGUAACCUCUACACCCCCAUCUACCUCUUACACCUCCUCCACCACCCCUCGCUCCAGCUCUAGGGGUACGGAAAGGAGUUAUGGUGAUGGGAGGACAGAUAGUAGUUCUACCAGAAACAGGAGCUCAGAGAGUAGUUAUACCGAUAGGCGGGCAGAGAGAGGUACGGACAGGGGGACGGAUAGGGAUAAAUACAGCUCCAGUUCAACAAAUGACUCCUAUUCCCGAACAAACCGUGAAUACCGUCGUUCUUCAUCGUCGUACGAGCCUUCUUCAAGAAAAAGCAGUGUAUCAUCCCGACCUGGAGAUACUACAUCUGUGGUCAAUGUACCACGAUCCCCCACUUCCCCCUCCUCCCCCUCCUCAUCAUCGUAUAGCCAAAACGUCACUCCUCGAUCGUACCGUCGCUCGACCUCCAUCGAGUCUGUCAAGUCACCGACAACGAAGUCACCUACGACUACCAAGAAGGAACCUGAGAAUGAUAUAAUGGCCCUCCUUUCAUCAGGCGAUGUAUCUAAAGAUAGGAGCUCAACUACGAGCAGCACAGCCUCUUCAUCUUCUAAACAGUCAAGUACAAUAAUUAAGCCCUCGUGGCAAUUUGAUGAAGGCUACGACUCGCUUCCUUCAACAUCAUCCUCAAACUCAAAGUCUAAAACAGACGAUGAACUUUGGGAGAAGUAUAACAGUGAUUCUUAUGCUCAGAAGAGGAAAGAACGACGAGAACAGUUGAGAAAAUAUCUCGAAGAGGACACGCCCCUCAUACCAUCAAGGUUAGAACGGUCUUCAUCAACAAUGUCCACAGACUCCACAGAAAGUUCAAGAACAUCUUCAUCAAGAAGAACAGACACAACACCCAGUACAUCAAUGGAUGUCUCAUCUGGAAGUGUAUCGUAUAGAAGAAGGAAUAGAGAUACAGAUAAUGAAUCUAUUGCAUCCACAGACACAACUGAAACCAAGAAAGAAGAGUUAACCAUGUCUUCCUAUGUUCCAAGGUCAAGAAGGAGACAUGAAGCUGUUGAAGAGAAACCCGCUGAAGAAAAAUCGGCCGAAAACAGCACAUCUUUGAGCAUGCCGUAUAGAAGCAGGAGACGACGAAUGUUUGAUGAUACAACUAAAACCACUACCAAUCAGGAAUCAUCAAGUACAAAGACUUCAGAGAGAAGGCCGAGAGACAGGACGACAUCCGAGUCUUCAGAUAAAACCACUGAAAACAAAGAGUUAAAGAAACCUGAUUAUCUUACAAAUGGCAUCGCUGCACGUAGGAGUAGACAAGCAGAAGAAAAGAAGGAAAGUAAGACAGAGAAGACAUCAACAGUAAAUGAAGUGAAGGCAUCCACUCCACAAACAAAGAGAGAGUCCGACACCAGAUCGGCUAAUGUUAUAUUAGAUCAAUUGAGAGGCGGUGAUGUCAAAGCCAAACCAGUUGAAAAUGGUGAUAUUUCUGCAAUCUCAAACACUGAUGAUGAAACGUCAAGUAGAUACAGGUGGAGAAGAGACAAGGAAGCUGACAAGAAGGAGAAACCAGAAGAGACCAAGGUGGUGAAUGGUGACACAUCUUCAGUGAGUAAACCAAAGGAAGACGUAGAAACCAAGAAGAAAGAUGAGAUCAGGGAACCAGUCCAAGACAAACCAGCAGACACCAAAGAUGAGGAGAAGAAACUUAAUCAAAAUACAAGGAGAACUUUUAUUGUGAAAAAACCUCAAAUCCAGAUAGAAGAAACCGAGGAGAAGAAAAAGGAAGAAACUUCAGAAAAUAACAAGAACAAGGAACCAAGUCAAGAGGAGAAAGAGGAAGUAGUUGUGCCUUUGAAACCAGUUGUUACAGAUACUAAAUCUGCUGUCAGGACUACAGACAAAAAUGAACAAGCACCAAAAGUGAUUGUUGAAAAUGGUAAGGCCGAGACUGAUCCGUCAGAUCGCGGGAAUUUAUUGUCCGUGACGACCAGUGAUCAGGAAGAGAAUGGUUCAUCGGAAUGUGAAAAAAUUGGAAGAGCGCAAGGUAGAACUUCAGGAAGUGAAAGAGAAAGAGGAGGAGGAGAAAAAGAAGUUGCAAGAGGACAAGGAAAUCUUGAACAAUAG